CGUCGAGGCGCUCCCACAUGGAUUGACCACCACCUGGGCAAUCCUUCUGUUUUGGUAUCAUCAUGGCUACUUCGCAAUCGGAAGACAAACUAGCAGUUGAUGAUAGGUCCGAAGCUCUCACUUGCGCGAUUGACACAAUCGACCUAGCGAACAAGGAGCUGCGGCUUUUAAACAAAGUCAUCCAUGACAACCCCGAAACAGCAUAUCAAGAGUUCUUCGCGGUAAAGACAAUAUCAUCCUUUUUGCGCGACAGAGGUUUCGAGGUCGCCGAGGGCACUUAUGGCUUAGAGACAUCUUUCACAGCCGAAGUGGGCACUGGAGGCCGCUUGGUCAUCAUCUGUGUGGAAUACGAUGCUUUACCCAACAUCGGCCAUGCCUGCGGCCACAACUUGAUCAUGACAUCCUCGAUCGCUGCUUUCCUAGGCGCAGUAAAGGCUAUGCGAACCGGCCAUUUGCCAGGAAGGAUACGUCUUCUAGGCACUCCUGCCGAGGAAGGAGGUGGUGGGAAGGCGAAGCUAAUCGACGCCGGCGCAUUCAAGGACGACGACAUAGCAGCUGCUAUCAUGGCACACCCAUUUGCCGCUCAUCAAUUCAAAAAUGGUUACACGGGCCUUGCCGGAUUGAAAUUCAUUGCAUCCCAUAAGUUUCGCGUCGAGUUUCGAGGCAAGUCGGCCCAUGCCGCAGGGGAGCCGUGGAACGGUGUCAACGCACUCGAUGCGGCCGUGGCGGCGUACACCAAUGUCUCGAUGCUGCGUCAGCAGAUGCGACCAGAUGAACGAGUACACGGGGUUUUUGAGGAUGGCGGGACAGUGCCAAAUGUCAUUCCGGAAUACACGCGCAUGAAUUGGUACGUGCGCGGUCCGACAGUGAAACGAGCAGAUGUUCUCUUGGAGCGAGUCCAUGAUUGCUGCAGGGCUGCUGCGCUCAGCACUGGAUGCAAGGUCGAUUUCAUCCCGUCUCCCACCUAUAAAGACUUGAGGGUGAACAUGCCGCUGUGCCAGCAAUACGUCGACGACAUGCGGCGUAUUGGGGAGGGAAUUCUUGUCAAAGAUGAUGAAUCCUAUACAGCAUCAACUGACAUGGGAAAUGUAUCAUAUGAAGUCCCAAGUUUUCACGGAGCGUUUCCCAUCCCCACCGACCCCGAUGUCUCACAACACCAUCCGCGAUUCGCUGCGCACGCUGGGACUGACGAAGCGCAUGAGGCCGCCAUCAAGUGCGGCAAAGGGCUGGCAAUGCUGGCCAUUCGUGUCUUGACGAAGCCGCACCUGGCAGACGAAGCAAGGAGAGACUUCGAACACAUGACUGAAGGAUAGCAGACGAACAACAAGUCCAUGCAAUACGCACAAGCGGUACUUGUCCACCGGGAAGCAGACCUCCCGAUGGUGGCCGCCACCGCGUCACAGAAGACGAGCUUUCGCAGGGGUGUUGCGGGAGUUGAGAAGCUCCUGUGCGAGCUCGGCUCGAAUCUGUCAAACCACAGUGGAGAUCGUUCCUCUUCUUUUGUCACGUUUGGAGCUUCUUCACUUCGGAUAUGAGGAAUCCGUCACUGAAAGUUGUUACCUAAAACUAAUGUACAUCAGACAUGAUCUGAGAAACUGUUAUACACGAGCUCAUCCCUGUGGCGACGACCCAGCAACCAUCUUCCUGGAUGAACUAUUCGAGGAUUCGGAAGCACUUUCAUAGUACCCCAAUUCAGCAAGCUGGCGUCAAAUACCGAUGACCGAACAAAUCGCUUAUCCUAUCAACGGCAUGAGAAGUCAGUCAAGAGCCAUCUAAAAUAUUAUUUUCUCGGGACUUGGGAAGAUGCAAGGAGCUGAAGAGCAAGGGAUCCGCUAGCUAGCGUGGCUGGGGCUUCAAAGAAGAUACUCACCUGCAAACACCCAUCGUCUGUGAACCUUCCACAUCUCUAGGGACUUCCAGCUUCCGUUGGCAACAGUCCCAGGGCUUGCAAGGCUACAAUCUUAUCUCUGGACCACAAGUAUUGCGACCUGUCUUUCGCUGUCGGAUUCUCAAUGAUGUAUUCUCGUAGAACACGCUACAGCGUUCUCUUGGAGCAAUUCAGGUUUUCUUCACGGAUCAUUGCAUCCAGAUCGAGGCCCUUCAGGAGGGGGUUUCCUUUCAGUGCUGCCCUUCGGCGAUUGAGGUUGACGACUUUCCCGUCACCCUUGACCGUCGUGGCGUGCUUCUCAUGUUUGGGGUCGGUCUGUGAAGAAGAUCUAUUGCGGCGAGCACGAGCAGGAGCUCGGCUGGUUUUGUUGGAUUGUGACUGGGGGUUUCCGGCCGGACGAGUGAUGUAUUGACGUGGCAUGGCUGGUUAC